AUGACGUCCUUCACCGCACCAGUUAAGAAUAACAUAAUAUUGAUGAGUAAUACCUCGGAGACUACUAGAGGAGUGUCCGUUCCCUUAAAGACGGACUACAAUAACGUUCUGUCAGACAACUCUCUAGAGGAUCAUAAUGAAAACAUUAACAGUCGUUCUGUUUCUUCUCCUUCUAGUUCAGGUACACAAAAGAUUCUUUUCAAGAAUACUUCUUCGAAUAAUACGACAACUACCAUAGCGAACUCUCCCGUCUGUAAAAAUUGUCUGACCUCGACAACUCCUCUGUGGAGACGUGAUGAGAACGGAGCUGUUCUAUGUAAUGCAUGUGGACUCUUUUUAAAAUUGCAUGGAAGACCUCGUCCUAUCAGCUUGAAAACAGACGUUAUCAGGUCUCGAAAUAGAAAGGGUAAUAAUACCAGUAGCAAUCAUUCUGAUGGCAAUCAUGGCAACGACUUAAGUUUCGAAGGAACCGCUAAAAAUUUAAAUCAUGAAAAGAAGAGAAACGUUGUGAGUGCUACAGAUCCAAUUCUUAGCUCCAAUGAGCUCGCGAAAAGGCAGAAAAUGGUUGAUAGUCAUUCGACUAACGAACCUAAGCAACUACCUUGGACAGCGAUAACGCCGAAUAUUUCUAAGGGCACAACCAUUUUGCCAAGAAACAGUGACCGCUCAAUUAAAAGCCAAGACGUAGUGAGGAGUCCCUCUUUAGAUCAAGCUUUGGAGUCAAACCCAAAUAGUGUUCACUUGGACAUGGACAUUGCAUCAACACACAGCUUGAGCAACGUGAAGAGCAGUCAAGGUACGCAAUUACCGGGAGUCUCAUCUUUAUUCACACAUAUUCCAAAAAAUGGUGGCCCAACUGUUUCACAAAACUUUCCUCACUCUGCGCAAUCAACUUUAAUUCAUCAUACAUCGACUAUAACAAGCCCAGGAAUUACUUCUCCUUUGCUCCUGCCAAAUGGCGGCUCUAAAUCACUGGGUCCCAUCCAGGACAUGCCAAAGCCUGAGACUUUGCAACCUGCCGUAAUACCGAACCAGCUAGCUUCAAGUAAUAGUGGAAAAGUACAGGAAUCAAGAACCUUUUCUGAUGGAAUUGCCCCUCACGUAAGGUCACCUGUAGGCAUGGUACAUGAUCAGAUAAAACUAAUUCCAAACUCUUCAAAAAUUGAAAUUAAUAAUAGAAAUGCUUCAGAGACUGAGUUCCACUUGUCAAAGUUAAAUAAUGGCUCUUUGAGUGUGACUUUACAGAAUGAAGAAGAGGUGAUAAAAUUGAAAACACGAAUCAACGAGCUGGAAUUGGUUACAGACUUAUAUAAAAGGCAUAUCUUUGAAUUAGAUGAAAAAUGCAGAAACCUGGAAAAACAAUUAAAAGAUGCAAAACAAUAA